UAUUGGCAUACAGUACGGUGUAAAGUUCAGAGCUUCAACACGUCCGUAGUAUCCGGACUCAUCUGAGAUCGCUCUCUCUCUCUCUCUCUCUCUCUCUCUCUCUCUCAUGGUUUCCGGGUAAUUGCUUCUUUUCGCUUGUACUUGGAUCCUUUUCAGCAAAGGUAUACUUACAGGAAAGAAGUCUGAUUGGGAAAAAUACAGAGCCAAGUCUUUGGAUUUAAUGGGGAAAAGGUGGAAUGUGUUCCAUUGGUGAAAUGGAGCCACAUGUCAUGUUUCUUACCAAUGCAGGAAUGACAACUCACAUGGUAUAUGAAACGUGCUCACCGUAGCAUUGCUCGCCCAUGGCAUGCUCUGAAGUCGGGAAUCAAAUAUCUGGAAACAUAAAUAGGGAGUUUAUGCCCAUGUUUAAUACUCUUUUGGUUUCGGAUUUCUAAUUGUAACAAAGUUGCUGCAUCUGCUGAAAAGCACCUUCGAUGAAUGCCAUUUGAUUCUUUCUAGUCUGAUACAAGUAGCCUGUUUGUUUGACCAUACUAGUGGAAGGAAUUUGUUACCCGAUCAAUUAUAUAAUCCCAUCGCAUUAAUAAUGAUGGGAUAUUAAUAUCUCAUAUCCUAAAUAUCUUAUAUCCUGAGGUAUUAUAUAUACCUUGUUGUGUGAGGUUUCGUAACUGACGAUUUGUAAUUGUGAAAGAAAGCAUUUUAACAAGCGUAGGAUAUGUGGGGCCCCUUCGAUUUGUUGUACAUAUUGACUGUAUUGAUAUAAAACUCUCCAUAAUUUGGAGACAUGAUUGAAAGCAAGUGUGCAAUGAAAUCUUUACCCUGUGAAGAGGAAGGACAACAUUUGUACAAUACAUUAAUGUGGUCUAGUUCUUCUUGGAUUGCAACCGAAUGCUAGGGAUUGCAUUAGCUAAAACACUCUGUAUAAGUUUAGGACUUUUUGCCUCGUGCCAGUGGUAGUGUCUUCUUGAUGUUUACGCAAAUGCUUUUUUCUUACUAUGCUUUCGGCAAUGGACAUUGUCCUAAUGAUUUGUUCGCAUUAUAUCAACAAGUGUGAUAAAUACUCUUCUACUUCAAGGGGAAGGUUAGUUGAAUAAGUUAUCUACACAUCUUCAACUUGGCCUUCUAAUCCCUUACUUAAAUCUACAAGCUUCUAUGGCCUUCUAAUAUUGAUUGUGUAUGCACCAAUGACGUAUGGUGUCUUUAACUUUGUUUGAAUAGUGAUAUAAGUUUGAAAAUGGUUUAUCCACUUGGAGUUUUAUAGCCAUCUACUUUCAAUAUCCCAUCAACAAGCUCCUGAACAAAUUAAGAAAACACAAUUUAAUUUGUUUCGGUUUUGCUUAUCGUGGAACGUAUGGCAUUUCAGGAUAGUUUAUUGAUUGAGCUACAUUUUCAGCUGAUGAUGAAUGUGGAAAAUGACAAUGUGGAACCAGUGACCGAUUUACAACUUUCUCUCGCUCAAUUCCAUCAGUGCAAUCCAACGAGAUUGAGUGAUUCAGGUGCAGGUGUAAAUGCAGCUUCAAGGGUAGACUUGGCGUUUGUGGCAUCUGACCCCUUAUCCGAACUAGUGUGGUCCCCUCACUAUGGUUUGAGUCUGAAAUGUGCUGAUAGUAGCUUCGCUGAAAGCAAACCGUCUCAUUUGUGGAAUGCAUCAGGACUAAGCCAUAUGGCUCUUUCCCCACCACAAGGCUUCACAUCCGGAGGGACUAGCUGUGAAAAACAUCCCAGAGAGGGGGAAAAUUUGGUUUCAUCUCAAAUGGCAUUCCCCGUGGAGGGGGAAUUUGGCGAGGGAGCUAGUUUUGUUAGGUCUAAUAAAAGCAUUUCACGUGUGAAACCCGAAUUUGGAGCAAGUCAUGGAUACAAUGAAGGAAUCAGUGAUAAUAUGGAGGUACAAAAAGUGGAGAAUACUAAUUGGAAGGACCAAUGCAGUCCGAACAAUAUUCAAGCAAACGUUACAGCUGAAACUAGAGAACACAAUGCAGGUCAGGAAAAGCAGAUAACAGCUUUUGUGCCACUCAAAACAGAUGAGCUCAAAGAUGGCACGGCACAAACUGAACCAUUGUCGUCCUCGGAGCAGAAUGCAGAAGUGAGGAUGACUGAUCCCAGCAUUAGAAACGAAGAUUUCUCAUUAGUAAACGCAGAACAGAAUAGAAAUGAAAUGAAGAAAGAUGGUUUUUCCGGUGAGCCACCUCCUGAAAAGCUAGAAUCCGGUUCUGAAAAUGAUUUACAGUUUCUUAUUGGUAAGCAAGUUCUUUCUGAAGCUUCUCCAACAAACAGUGGGACCCGUUUAGGUAGGAGGAAACGCAAAGAAAAGGCUUUCUCAGAUGGAGAUGACAAGGAAAACAGUCAUGAGAGCGUCGAGAGUUGUAAUAGUGCUGGCCCUACCAGAUUAUUUUCUAUCAGGAAUGAGCAAGAACAGUUGACUGUGGGGAAUAAAAGAGCAAAGAAACAAGUCCAAGUUCGAGAAGGUCUUGGUUCGACGUCCUUUAUUGGACAGGAUAGCUCCUUCAUGAACUGGAUUUCAAACAUGGUGAAGGGAUUAAACAAAACCAAUCCGGAGGCUUCCCCUCUUGCUCUUACUCUUGCUCACAGAAACAACGAUCCCAAAAGCACAAAUGUGGGCUUCCAAAGUAUUUUCCAGUCCAUAUGUUGUUCAAACACAAAGGAACAACAGGAAACAAAAAUGUCGAAUUCUACCAAUACUUUGUCUGCAAAUAUUGUUGCUGAUCCGGAAACAUGCAGGACUAGUUCUUGUUCGGAUCAGAAUAGAGCUUCAUUCAAUUUGGUCUCUAAUAGUGUGAAAGAGGGCGAUGAAAAUGUUGAUUCCAAUGCUCCUGCUGAAGCAAAAGUGAUUAAACCUCUGAGAAGCUUUUGGAUUACUCGAUUUUCUCCCAAAACUCCUCCGCCCGUGUUACAUUCAAACAGUUGUGACCGGAAUGUAAAUGCAGCACUUGAGUGUUCUGUGGAUUAUGCAAGGAAGCUUAUUCCUAGUACUUGCAAUCUUAUUGACCAGAAAAGUUCAGAGGCCAAGGAGAACUCGAGUGAAGACUUGGUUAGUUUUACAGGUAAAGAACUGCAGAAAUAUGCCCCUGAUGCUGAAGCUUCGUUUGGCUUCAAAAGGGUCAGUGGAAAUAAUGCUCAAAAAACCACCUUUAAAUCAAAUCCGAGGCUAAGUUCGCCAAAAUUAAAGAAUUCAGAGGCAAUGGCCUCUGUGUUCGCGAGGAGAUUGGAUGCACUCAAGCACAUCGUACUGCCAGAUGUUGAAAACAAUACAAUUCGCAAAGUGGAAACAUGUUUCUAUUGUGGAAGAAGUGGUCACAUUUUGCGUGAUUGCUUGGAAAUAACUGAAAUUGAGAGGGAAAAUCUCAUGAGAAACCAGUGUUUAUAUGAUGGAGCGGAAGAGUCUCCUUGUUUUUGCAUUAGGUGUUUUCAGCUUGAUCAUUGGGCUAUUUCGUGUCCUGUGGCAUCUGCGACUUCUUGCAGCCAUUCUCGAGUUCCCGAUGCACGUGCUAACUGCGAUGUGGAAAACUAUGGACCGGAUAUCGGUAAGCACGAUGGUUCAAGUUCUGUGGAUAAUACGAAAAAGGAAAAGCUGAGCACUCCUUUGUGCAAUUUGGUCAAGAGGAAUUUUUCAGACAUGCCAAAAGGAGUAUUCAAUGCUAUAAGGAAUCUGCGUUUGUCUCGUACGGAUGUUCUUAAAUGGAUGAAUUCACAUACUUCAUCGUUACACCUCGAUGGUUUUUUCCUACGCUUGCGGCUCGGGAAGUGGGAAGAAGACAUAGGAGGAACAGGCUACCAUGUGGCUUGCAUAACUGGGGAACCAAGAGAAAAAUCACCACAAGGUUCCAAAAAACCAAUCUCAGUAAACAUCGGGGGAAUAAGAUGCUUGGUUGAAACUCAAUAUAUCUCCAAUCAAGAUUUCCUUGAGGAUGAGCUUAUAGCAUGGUGGUGUGCAACUCAGAAAAGUGGGGGUAAGGUCCCUUCUGAAGACCAUCUGAGAUCAAAACUCCAAGAGAGGAAAAUGCUAGGGUUUUAGGAAGCUUGAUGCAUUUCUGUUUUUGUUACUAGAUCUCAAGCUUCAUCAUUCACUAAAGCAGCAAUAGGUUUGAGUUCUAGGUUUUGUGUAAAAUCCAAAUUCGAGAAGCUUGCUGGGAAUUUGAGCUCAGUUCUACUCUGUAAAUGAACAUUGGUUUGUAAUUUGUCUAGCUUGUGUAAUUAUGUAAUCUGUUGGUGGGCUAUA